AUGGCGGGCUCGGCGGCGUCGUUGAAGUUCACGGUGCGGAGGAAGGCGCCCGAGCUGGUGGCGCCGGCAGGGCCGACACCGCACGAACUGAAGCGGCUCUCGGACAUCGACGACCAGGACGGUCUGCGGUUCCACAUCUCCCUCAUCCAGUUCUACCGCGGCGACGCGUCCAUGAGUGGCAGGGACCCCGCGGCGGUGGUCCGCGACGCCGUGGCCAGGGCGCUCGUGCACUACUACCCGUUCGCCGGCCGGCUGAGGGAGAUCGAGGGCCGCAAGCUCGCCGUCGAAUGCACCGGCGAGGGUGUGCUGUUCAUCGAGGCCGACGCCGACGUCCGCCUCGAACACUUCGGCGACGCUCUGCAGCCGCCCUUCCAGGGGCUGGAGGAACUUGUCUUCGACGUUCCUGGCUCGUCUGAAGUUCUCGGCACGCCGCUUCUCCUCUUCCAGGUGACACGGCUGUCGUGCGGAGGCUUUAUCUGGACGUGGAUAGGGAGUGCCCGGUUACUGCGGUAG